AUGUUUGAAUGUGUGUUUAGGAUAAGCAAAGACUACGAAAACUGGAGCGUCACGGAGUAUGGAUCUCUUGUGAGAGGUGAGCCAGACGCUUACUCUGGCUUUGAAUUGGUUCCUGAAGUCAUGAGCACUGAGACACCUUGGGCACCCGUCAUAUUCAAAAUCUACAGCAUUCUUGGCAGCCACUUCGACACUGCCACAAGCCAACUAAGCGGCACACUUGUGCACGUGAGGCCGCACAACGUCGACGGGGAUGUGUGGAAGGUUGACGAGGUGCGGGCAAUUCUCAAGGACAUAUGCGUCCUUGAUCAGCCCUUCACAGCAAUGUUGCCCCCAAGCCGUCGUGACAACUAUUAUACACGGUGUUUUCUCUCCAACCAAAACGGCAAAGUAAACAAGCUGUGCCGAUUUGUCGACGACGUCCGCAAUGGAAGACCCGAGCAGCUCUUCGGCCUUUUGGAUCAACUCGAGACAACAACGGAAGCUGGAAAGCUGUUCGAAGACAGGUUUUACUACCUCAAUCUUAAGGCACUGCCAGGUGGCACAAUCGAGUUUCGAUUCCCGCCGCCUGCAGAGACGGCUAAAAAGGCCUCUCAUUAUAUUCUAUGGGUCCUUUCGUUCGCACGGGGCUGCAUCAUGAAAGUGGAACGCGGGUUCGGGCCCAACAUCCGCGGCAAGAAAAACGUGCACCACCUCAUGGAGCUCGUCAUUGCUGGGCAUCGACUUCUGCCGGCGUCUGCCAAAACGUCUGUCAAAUUUUUGGAGCCGGCUCUUUAUGGGCACAACGACCCGCCUGUACUUUCCCUGACGGACAGAGAGAAACGCGAGCUUGCAAAGAUCAAGCGCGAGAAGGAUGCGCUCUUUGCAUCUGGAGGCGGCAUAAGACGGUAG